CUUUCUUUUUGUUUUUUUUUGUUUUGUUUUUUUUAGUCUUGACGCCAGCACGUGUGUUGAAAUACCUGCAUCGUUGAAUGUUUUGCUGUUGCAAAUGAGCCGAAACUGAAACCGCGUGGACCAGAAACGCAAGGAAGACAGCGCACUCUCGAUACAGGAAGGCCACUUGCUUUGGAGCGAGAGAGAUUGUAGCAGGUGCUCAGUUGGUGGCCAGAUGAACCAGCCGAACGGUCAAAUUUUCUUUUAAAAAUCUGUAAAGAAUUCAAGAAAAGAAUAUUGCUUACAAACAGUCGUAUGUGACGGAUGAAAGGUGUAACUCGCAACUACUUACCUUUGCUGUGACGAAUGACCGAACUACGCCUUUCGGGAAAAUGUGACUAUCGUAACGUAACGUAUUGAGUAUCGCAACGCCCCUAAAUCCAAAGUUGCUUGUAUAGUACAAGAAGCGUGUGCACAAUAGCAACUUGAAUGGGUUCCAUGCCAAAUGUACUCUUGUGCGCUGACCACUGAUAACAUAUCGUCAAUCGGCGCACGAUAAGUCAGGCAGCGAAGCGUGUCCGCCACCGUGAACUCAUUGUUUGUGAGUAUCCCGGAGCAAGUAUGAAGACGUUCAUUCUUGCUGUUCUUGCCUGGUUUCUAGGAUUGCGUUUUGAAUAUACUCAGAAAGAUCUUGGACUGCUGUGGAACCGUAUAUUGUGUUACCUGUACCUUCGUUACUUGUUGUGGAACCGGAAAUGGAAGAUUCCAGAGCGUAACUUUUUCGGUGCAAAGAAGGAUCCGUACACCGACGGGAUUCUUUUUCCUGAAGCGGAAUGGGAAAUAGAGCGACCGACACGCGAGAAACUUGGCAGGAAGAAGGACGAGAUGUUCUUUUGCGGAACGAGAACCACAGGAGAGUGCUUCGUCAUGAGAGUUAGCAGAAGACGUGGCCGCUGCCUGGACCUGUGGAUAUACUUGCGAAUGAAGAAUGGCGAUCAUUAUGAACUCGUGGAACACUCACUGCUGGAUCUCAGCGGGAAAGAAGGCUUUGCCGCGAAAGGACUACGAAUCGAAUGUCUGGCCCCGAUGAGACAGUGGAGGAUUGCAUUCAACGGUCUCGUGAGAUCCCCGUCGAGUGACGACUCCAGCACUUCGAGCCUGCACGUCCGACUGAAUUUUCUGUGGAAGGCGUCGUCGCAUGUGGUCGACAUCCAAACCAAUGCGUCUCAUGAUUCUAUACUUGAUGGCUGCCUUGUGGAAUCGCUAAGACAAACUAUCUCCAACUGCGAACGUGCAUACCAACUCGUCGACGGAUACGAACAACGGGGUCACCUCAUGGGCACCGUCGCACUAGGCGACGAAAAAGAAUCUGAGAUGUACCUCUGGGGUACCAGACAGCGACUGAAAGGAUGCGUCAGUACAGAAAGUGUCACAAAAGCUAGUCACGUGUUCGGUCAUACAAAGGGUUCACAGAGUUUUCAUUUAGCCUGCUAUCACCCGAAUACUGGCUACGGGAAUUCCGAGGAUGCGCCAGAUAUGUCAAGAUUCAUCUACGGGAACCUACAGACAGCGGAUGGCUUAGUGGACCCAGUGACCGAAACUUCGCCUUCAGAUCUCCAUGUAUCUGCGUUGCUGGGGAAACCUAGUUUUCGCAUAAGAGCAGGCGAGGAGCAUGGAAUCCAGAUCAAAGAUGCCGUCACUUUAAAACGUCACGUUGCAGAGCUUGAUGGCACGCAAUUACUUUAUAUCGAAUUCACGUACGACGGGGUACCGGGAUCCGGCUUAGGGAUUCUAGAUAUAAGUUCGCCGAGGCUAUUUGAUGCGUUCAAACUAAAUGCCGGUCUGCUUACACAAGACGAGGGUUGUCCAUCCACCGUUCCCUUUGUAGCCAAUAUUUCCGAUGUCGUCUGCAGACAUACCAGUGUUGCUGGUGGGAAAGGGUCAUCCUUAUGUCUUCUGAACGCCAUCUCCAAGGAAAAUAAAGAGGUCUUCAAAGUUCCCGGUGGAGUCAUUGUCACAACAGCCGCGUACGACUUGUUCUUGAGGAACGGUCCAGCGAACCUGUUGCAGUCCAUCUUGCAAGAAGCUCAAGGAGAAAAAACCAUCGAAGAAGUGACCCGAGUCUCGGAGAGAGCGGUGAAAAACAUCAGGAACAUGGCGCUGCCGAACGAGCUGAAGAAACAAAUCAGAAACGCUUUAUUUCUGGCACUUGAUGGUGACAUUGAGACAAAAAGAUUCGCCGUAAGGAGUUCCUGCACAGGAGAAGACACGUCCGAAAUGUCGGGAGCAGGCCAGCUAGAAACCUUCCUCGGAAUUCGUGGAAUUGAAGCUGUGUACGAAGCUGUCGUCAAAUGCUGGGCGUCACAGUUCAGCCCCGUUGCAAUUCAGUACAAGAGGCGCUAUGGCCAGUUGCUGAACUCUCCCAUGGCAGUGGUCAUCAUGGAGAUGGUGGCUUCCGAUGUCGCAGGAGUGAUGUUCACGUGCGAUCCCCGCAGUGGUAACCCAGCCGUAACGUACAUUACCGCUAACUACGGGCUCGGAGAAAGCGUAGUAUCUGGGCUUGUAGAGUCUGACAUCAUAUCCGUCAACAAAGGGAGCGAUGGAAAGAUGACAUUGGGGGAAGUGACUCCAGGGGCCAAAGGCAGCAAGAUCGUCAUAGACGACUCUGGAGGCACAAGGACAGAGAGCUACGUUGAUGAAGAAAAUAAGUGCAGUAUCUCCGAAGGACAAGCACUGCAACUGGCAAGAAUAGGGUCUAUCGUCGACAGGUACUUCGGCGAUUCGAGAGACAUGGAAUGGGCGAUUCGAGGCGAAAAUAUCUUCCUGCUUCAGGCACGUCCUAUCACAUCUUUGUACGAAGACACGGAGUUUGAAAGCAUGCGCACUUUGGAUACUGCGCAUCAGGCAGAACGGGAAUUCUAUACGAAAGCAAACGUCGGCGAAGUGAUGCACCGUGGGAUGAGUCCCCUGGGUUCAACGGUUUUCGUGACCUUGUUUGUGCCUGAAUGGAUGCGCUUCAUGAAACGCACCCGGAAAGGAAGGCUGCUCAUGUCACCUUAUUUCAACAAGACAUUUCCCGUGUCCCACUACCACCACCUUCUCGAUCUGUGCGAGUUUUUCCAUUAUUUUGCUCCGGGGGGUGGCGCUGCGGUUGAGCACAUGUUGCUCUCUCUCUUUGGACGUCGGCUCGAAGACAAGGACCUGGAGGAGGCCGUCGUGUCAAGGAAAUAUUCCUUUCUGACAGAAGCACGGUUCGUCGAUUUUAAGACUCGCUAUGCAUCGGGGCUCAGCCUGAAACUCGCCUGGAAGAAGUAUGGCAACUUUAAAAUACCCAUCAACAGCAAUAUGUCUGCGCGACAGCUCUACGACUGCAUUACCAGCAACUGUUGUAACGUCAGAGCAGUGGUUUCAUGCCAUAUGAACUCAUCGAUUGCGUCUUCCUUGUUCAACCAUGAUGUAAUUUCUGCCUUGUGCGAAUUUAUGGACAAAUCAGGCUCUGUGGAUGAUGAUAUCUAUACUGCAUUGGGAAGUCUCAUAUCAUCGUGUUAUAAUCCCGUCAGUGUGGACGUACCGCUAGCUCUCGAGCGUCUCGCAGAGUCUGUCGCAAAAGACAUGGACCGGAAGGAAUUUGCAGCCAUGACAACAGAGCAAGCCGAGAAGUGGCUCAGACAUUCUGGUACGGCGGCUUCAACGGCAUUCGAGGCCUUCUUGAAGACACAUGGCCACAGAGGUUAUAACGAGUUUGACAUUCAUCAACCAACUUGGAGAAUGAAACCCACCAUUCUGAUUAAAAACUUACAGCUGCUUGUAGUCAACGUCGGCCACAAGAAUCCGGUGAAAUCUCACGUUCCUCUUUUUGAAGCCAUCGGUAGCCUCAACCUUCCACUGUCACUACUACAAAGGUUGAGGCUGGCUUACUUGGUGGAGAUGAGUCGCAGAUCAGUCGCACAGCGCGAGUCUUCAAAGUCCCUCCUCGUCAAGGCAAUCGAUACCUUUCGAGUCGCAUAUAACGAGUUGGCAGACAAGAUGCUCCAAGAGGGUUUCAUACCAGAAAGGGACCUUCUCUUCUUCAUGACGCACCACGAAGUAGGGCGGCUACUGAACACCAGGAGCGCUACCAUCCUUUCCAGGGCGUACAAGAGGAGGUCUCUUUUCCCAAAGGUCUUGGAGUUGGAAUUCCCAGAGAUCACCAGAGGACCCAUUCAUCCUGAAGUACAAGAGGAACCGCAGCUCACAGAUAACACUACAUUCCUCAAAGGUAUCCCCAUCAGCAAGGGCUCCGUAGAAGGUACAGCUCGUGUCGUUACGUCCAUCGACGAAGCGUCCGCGAUACAGCGUGGAGAUAUCCUCAUCACGUACGCCACAGACAUUGGAUGGACUCCAUAUUUUACUCUCAUCUCAGGGAUAGUCACCGAGCUGGGUGGUCUCCUGUCGCACGGGGCUGUGGUUGCACGCGAGUACGGCCUGCCUUGCAUCGUUGGUCUGCACGGAGCUACAAAAUUUUUCAAAACAGGCGACAGGGUCUACCUGAACGCUUCUCAAGGUGUGCUCCAGAAGGUAGAAAGUACCACGAAGAACAUGGAGGAAAUGAUAUUGCCAAUAAUUAAUAACUGAUGCUCGAUGUAAUGGGUCGAGCGAACAUACUCAUGACUCAAUUAUAAGAAUUGCAUGUGGUUCAUUUACCUAUUUAUUGACUGCCGUGGUGAAUUAUUUAUUCUGCUGCUCUCUUGGGCACUGGUUAUCGGUGGGCACAUACUUCGCGCACCAAGGUGCAUGUCAUUCUACCGAGGAAACGAUAAAGAAAGAUAUGCUUCGUUGAACAGAAGGAAGCGUCCAUGAGUGGGAGUGCAAGAAGAAGUCAGAAAAAAAAAAAAAGAACUUUAGACGACGGAGGCUCCUUCGUUUAAAAUGAAAAGGAAGCGUUUGAAUUCCUUUCAAAUUCUUCCUUUUUCUGAGCAACUGGUGGUCAUCAUCUCUAGAUUGAUUUAUUCCUAAGAAAUAAAAAAGAAAAAAAGAAAAAGAAAUUAAAAACGGCGUCAAAGUGACACGCAGUUAGAAUCCACCGAAUAUAUGCUCGUUCGAUAUGCAUUAUGCGCACGUGAUUUAUCCUCAGUUCCUCAUUUUGAUACUUGUCUUUAUUUCGCACUUAACAAUUACACUUGAUACACUGGAGGGACAAUUCACAGGAAACGGAAUUGCACGCAAUAAAAUAUGCAAUCCACCGUUCA